CAGGACUCGGGAGUCAGGGUUGAGGAGAAGAGCUGGAGCCUGAGCCUGAGGAGCUCAGCUUGUGCCGGCAGGGCGCUGGGGAGGCGUAAAGAGCGGGGUUGUCAGCAAUGGCUGCGCUCAUGGGCCGUCCUGGUAUGUAAGAGGGGGACCCUGUGCGGCUUGGAAGCAUCGUUGUGUUGAGGAGGGUGGCGCCGCAGUGUGGGCGCACUUGCACAGUUCUGGCAUAUGAUCAGAACCUCUAGUUGACGAGGGUUUUGUAGUCAAGUCAAGAGGGCGCAUCUUCAAGCAGCUAAGAUGGAUAAGGGCGACCAGGAGUUGAUGUUUGGGCCCGCCUACUAUGGCGACCCUGGAGUUCCGCAUGGAGAUCCCGAGGUUUUCUUGACGCUCAUUUACGGGUAUCUCUUUGCACGCGCGUACAAGUGGGUGCUGAAGGAUGACGCUGCUCGCGACCACUCGAGUCCCUUCGACCACUGGCUCGUCGCUGAGAACUCCCGUCUGAAGCGCCAGUGGGAAGCGCUCCGUAAUUACAAGGAAGGGUCCAAGAAGAAGGCCCCCAGCGUCCGUGACAUGUCGUCAGCCGGCGAGCCCCGCGGCAAGUGGGACCGCGUGAUGAUGUCAGGCCACUUCCACAUGCCGUCUUUCCAGGCAUACCCCCACGACUUUGUGUACCCCCAGGAGAAGGGGGACCGCCCCUCCAAUCUACCCCAUCUCAUUCCCCCCCACCGUGAAAUCCCGCUGCACGACUUCCAGGCUAAUACCCUGGAAGAGGACGAGUAUGUGCUCAAGGCCAUGGAGUUGGUCGGAAACGAUGACCUCGCCCCUGGGGAGGAGGGCUUUGAUGAGGAGGACAAGCUGGCGUUCAUGAGGGCCAAGCUGGAGAGGAAAAAGCUGGAGAUGCCGGAGAAUAAGAACAAGGUGAAUCUGAACGAGCUACUGGAGCAGACCCUUGACAAGGACGAGGCGUGGCAGGAAGAGUACGUCCAGGCCUUCUCCGACAUCGACGAAGCGCGCCUAGCCGCCCAGGAACAAAUCCCGCUCGGCCGGGGGGAGGAGUUCAUCCUAGAGAAGGCCUCGGAGCAGCUCCCCCCGGAAAAGAUAAGCGACUACACCGAGGCGCAGCUGCGCGGCGAGGAGCAAAUGGAGAUGAAGAAGCGGGUGCUAACGAACCCGCGGUUUGACGACAGGGGGGAACCGUUGGAUGUGAAGAAGCGGAGAGAGAUUGCGCGCGCAAGGAUCCAGGCGGACGCGGAAAAGAAGCGCGAGGCGUACGUGCAGCGGGUGCAGGCGCUUGAAUCGAAGCUGGACAAGCUCGAUGCCGAGGCCGCCGCCGCAGAAGCCGCCGGCGACCCCGCUGCAGAGAAGAAAGUCGCGGCGAUCGAGAAGGCAGAGCAGGAGCUCCAAGCGCUGCAGGACGCGCAGAGCCGAACGGAGAGCGCGGUCAAGGAAGCGAUCGAAAACUUUGGUGACGACGAUUUUGUGCUGUACGGGAAGGAGCAGGACCCGGACCAGGAGUGGUGGGAGAAGCGCGAGCAGAUGCGCGCGCAGCAGCAGGCGGAUGAAGUGCCGGAGUACUACGAUGAAGAUGACGUGGAGGUUGCGCACCGCCUGCACGUGAGGGACGCCGAGAAGGGCGGCAUCGACCCGAUCGACGCCGAGUUUGAGACUGACUUCACGCCCGAGGAGCAGGCGCUGAUCAACUUCCAGGACGAAACGCCCAUGUACCCCACACUGGGGAUUGUGCGUGGAAACGCAAACACAGCGCUGCGCCCCCAGAGGCUGGUCGACAAGUCCGGCGUGGUGUUCGACACGGUGGACGAGGAGAUCCGCACGCACUCGCGCCUGACGCUGGACCCAACCCAGGAGGACCCCCGUUUCCAGGAAUGGCGCUACCGCCUGCUUGGGAAGGAAGACGGCGUCAACGGCAAAGACUUAGUGCCCAAGGUCGCGGAAGGCCUUUACCGCACGGCCGUUGCCCCCGCCUGGGAGGACUUCAUCCCGGUAAUCACGAAGCCGCACUCCAUGCUGAGCCGCUUCUUCAAGAUGAAGAUGAACGACAACAUGCCGCCCAUCGCCACGCACGAUGACGACAUCACGCCCUGGGGCGAGGAGUCGUCCGCGAACGCUGACUUGGCGACGUACGUGGAGCGGCAGCUCAAGGUCACGGGGCAGAAGCCCGACGAGAAGACCCUCAAGGACCUGGGGAUCGGGUGGUUCACCCGGCCCGACGGCGCGUUCAAUAUCCCGCGGGGGUCCCGCGCCGCGUACGAGCGGAAGGAGCGCCUCGCAUACGAGAUGUACCGCGCUGACGUGGCGCAGCGCAAGACGGGCCCGACGUUCAAGGCCCUGUCCCGCUCGGAGGCGGUCGACAAGUACUUCAACAAGCUGGGAGCUAUCAGCUCGGAGCUGAGCGCUGGUGAAAAGGAGGCCCCGGUGCCGGAGUUCGAAGAGAUCCCCAGAUACCCUGGCUACCUCUUCGCCUCCAACGGGUCUGGCCUCGGGAUCUCGCCCUCUGGCGACUACGUUGUUGCAAUGGACACGAGCAAUCAACUCGAAGCCAAGACGCCGAAGCGGGUGUAUUCCGCGGCCGAGCUCAAGAAGAAGGAACCGGGCGUGGACUGGGAUGGCGAGCUGAAGGCGCUGGGCGAAGCGCACGGCGUGGAGGCUUUGGCGGCCACCAAGGAGGAGCGCGCGCGCAUCCUGAGGCAGAACGCGCAGCGCAAGUUCCGGGAGAGGGCCGCGCGCUUCAAGGACCUGGACGAUCAGGACGUGGAAUUUUUGGAGGCGUCCCGUGAGCGCCUGCGUCAGCGCACGCCCCAGGAGAAGCGCGUGGGGGGCAAGAACGUCAAGGAGCUGUAUGCGCAGCACCGCCAGUUCAGCCCCAUGUCCGCCUGGACCUUCAUCAAUGGCCUGCGCAGCAAGAAGGACACAGAGCAGUGGAACGCAUCCGACCAGCGCCGCCGGUACGACCUGGAGACGCAGGGCUUCGUCACAGAGGACGCGCCCCAAGAGGAGCGCGAGCACUGGGGGGACAAGCUCAAGUUGUUCGGGCCUAAGUCGCUGACCCCCCUGCAGAGGGAAGUGGUCCGGGGGGACCAGGAGAAGAAGAAGGAGGACGAGAAGAAGUGGGGCGUCCCGGGGGAGUGGAACAUGUUCAAAAAGGCCCCCCGGGAGAUGCUCCAACCGGAUGUUCCGUCGGCCGGGGGGCGCCGUGGGGGAGAAGCUCACGGGGGCCGUCAGGAGGAGAAAGGCGGGAUUGAGAUCUUCGGGAUCCGCAUCGGCGGUGCGCCGAAGGACAGGCCGGUCUGGGAGACGAGGAAGGACAAGAAGAGCGAUAAGAUGGUGUUCUUCCCGCGGGAGAUGCAAGACGAGGACCCCCGCGAGAGGGGCAUCGACCGGAGCGGCGGCAAGCCGCGGCGGAAGGAGUUCAUGCGGGACGCGGACGUGCGGUACCCGCGGCUUCGGGAUGAUUACGGGAUCCACGAGCCCGACGUUAGAGAGUUUGUGCCCCAAACGCGGAAGGCAGAGUUGACUUAUGAAAAGGACGAGGAUCCGGUGGAUCCGGAAUUCUGGUAGGGACGAUCAUGCAGAAGAUUUUGUUCUGGUGCGCGACAUUGACAUUUUUGGCUGCAUUGAGGAGGUGCGCAGGUCAGCUGCUGCGUUACAUGGUGGUUGAGAACAGCAGCGUAGCAUCGAAGUUGUUUGGAAUUGCAAUCUGCUAGACUCACCAAGGUAACAACACAGUUUGACAAUGGAGAUAUGACUCGCCAUGCAAUUCAUUUGUUGAACACGAAAGCUACUUGAAGGAUGCGCUGCGCAGCAAAAGCAGAUGUGGGAUUGACAGCUCUUCUUGGCAAGGCCCUAUGAGGUUGAAAUGGUGACUUUCCUGCAAUAUCCGGCCAGUAGGGCGCCUUACCCUCCAACAUUUUGAAAAACAGCCACCACAGGAUUGGGGCCCUUGCUGCAUGUGCUUGUAAUUCAGAGUGCUCCGAAU